GGUGCUUGAUAAUGUUACAUCUCACUUCCCCACAGAACUCACUCAUAUAAAAAUGCAUUCCUGUGUCUUCAGUAACAGACGGCGUACUCAUAUACUACACUUCACUGACAAUGGCUACUUUAAGCGAUAAGAGACAAUUCCUAGGCGGACAGCUCUUUGGAUCGACAUAUAUUCCCAAAGAUGCAGACUUGUCCGGCAAGACUAUAAUCGUCACUGGCGCAAACACAGGAAUUGGGUUGGAAUGUGCGAAGCAUCUGGCUCGUCUCAACGUUGCAACGCUCAUCCUCGGAUGUCGCAGCCUUCAGAAAGGCAACUCGGCCAGAGAUAUCAUCAUCCGCGAUACGGGUUGCAAGACAACGACGAUCGAGGCCUGGGAGCUUGACCUCGCUAGCCAUCAAUCAGUCCUCGCUUUCGCUAAGCGCGUCCGAACCUCACUUUCGCGCCUCGAUGCAUUCAUUGCUAAUGCCGGAGUGAGGUUGAUGGAGUUCACACUGGCUGAAGGGAUCGAAACGACAAUCACCGUGAAUGUGAUUUCGAACAUGCUCCUCAAUAUAGGAGUGCUCCCUAAGCUCCGAGAAACGUCUGUAAAGUAUGGCAUCCCCACCACCCUGUCUGUUGUUGGGUCCAUGAUGCAUAUCUUCGGGCCACCAGAGAGCAUGGCGCCUCCUUCAAAGGGCAAGGAUACAUUUGACUUGUUGAGUGAUCCUUCGACUGCGGACAUGGGCCCACGGUAUUCGCUCAGCAAGACUUUGAUUCAUGCUCUCUUGGCCGAAUUUGCGACAGUUGCAUCAAGGCCAGGAAAGCACGAGCAAGUGAUCGUCAAUUGGGUCAACCCAGGGUGGUGUGCGAGUGACCUAGACCGACACAAGAAGGCGCCACCGCUAAUACAACGAUUUGCGUUUGCUGUAAUGGGGAGGACUGCGGAGGAGGGAAGUCAUACACUAGUACAUGCCGUUGUCGCUGGGAAACAGACGCAUGGUUGCUAUCUUUCAGAGUGUCGGCCGAAGCCUGAGUCGGAGUUUCUGCGCAGCAAAGAAGGCGUCGAGGCGCGGGAAAGGCUCUUUCAAGAGUUGAUGGUCAGAAUCGGGAAGAUAUCGCCUGAGACCGCAGGAUUUAUUGAGUGAUGUUUUUGCACUUGUU